UCGAACUCCUCCAGGCUGAUGUCCCACACGUUGGGGACGCGCUUGCCGUACCCCGCGUUCGAGACCAGGAUGUCCGGUCGCUGCCCGUGUUGCGCGUCGAUCUCGGUGAACAUCUUCUCGAUCUGCUCGGCGGAAGAGACGUCCACCUGGUGGAUCGAGAUGCGCAGGUCCGGAUGCGCGGGUUUCAGUUCGUCGUUGACGAGCGCUGUGAUGGAGGCCAGAUUGCUCGAGUAUGUCAACGCCAGAUGGACCCCAUGUUGGGCGAGCUGUCGAGCGCAGGCAGAGCCGAUUCUGAAUGAGUUCCCCAUUCAUAUAUAA